AUGUCCAAUAGCACUGGCAAAAUUCUGGAACUCUCCUGCGACGACAGCCCACUCUCGGUUACAGGAAGCAUCAUCGGCAUCUUGACUCUGGCAUACGCAAUCUUAGCCACUAUUGUAUUUCUCACCACGUCGCUGGCUGGGGCCUCGCAGGAGAAGAGGCAGUUCGCAGCACGACUGGAGGGCGAGAUCAAAUCGCUCGAGCUUCUGAUCGAACUGCUGCGGAACUCUUCACAUCUGGUUCCCAACGACAACGGCGUUGCACGAAGGCUCGACCGUCGGCUGGAUCAAGCGACCAAGACCAUUCAAGACGUCAUGCGGCAAGUGUUUGGGGACGUGUUCGAAUGGGAAAGUCCCCAUAGGCGCCACUUUCGCUCGCGUGCCCGGUUUCUGAGCGAAAAGGAAAACCUCAGUCAGCAUUUUGACCACAUUGUAUCGCACCGCACGCAGCUCGAGGCGGUGUUUCAGGGGCUUAUGGCAAGCAUGGUCAUCGCCGAGGCGGGCACCUCCUUCAGAGGUCCCACGGCAGUCUUACAAUAUUACUUUAGGAAGGCACGAGGGUGUGCUGCUCCGCUCCUUCCAGAAGAAUUUACUGUACAUUCCCUAUAA